CCGCCCGGACUCGGGUCCGGGACGGACGCCGCCGCGGAGGCUGGGCGAUGGCGGCGCCGGGCUCGGAGCCGCGGCCUCCGGCCCCGCUGGAGGCCCUCGGGCCCGCGGACGACCGGCUCUUCCUGGUGAAAGGUGGAGUUUUCCUUGGCUCCGUGGCCACGGCGGGAAUGCUAGCCGGAUUCCUUACGACGUUGUCACUGGCUAAAAAGAAAAGCCCCGAAUGGUUCAAUAAGGGCAGUAUGGCCACAGCUGCCUUGCCAGAGAGCGGGUCCUCCCUGGCCUUGCGGGCCCUGGGCUGGGGCUCCCUUUACGCCUGGUGUGGGGUUGGUGUGAUCAGCUGGGCAGUCUGGAAGAGUUUAGGAGUUCACAGUAUGAAAGACUUUCGAAGUAAAAUGCAAUCGAUAUUUCCCACAAUCCCGAAGCACUCCGAAUCGGCUGUUGGGUGGGAGGAAGCGUGGAAACCUAAAUGAGAAGAGCGCGGAUGAAAUCCCAAAUGGUUGCCGCAGGAUGGGCGGCUUUGGGGACACAGCUGCAAAGGGACCGGGGUGCCUUUUCCUCAGGCACAUGUGCAGAUUGCCGACGCGCCCACGGGACUGAUGGCGCUUACCCCGCGCCAGGCAGACCUGCUGCGGGGCUGUUGCGGUGUCUGUGAUGGGGGAGGGAAUGCUCCUAAAUCUCAAAUGACUUGUAAGAAUAAUCAUCAUUGGGGUAACUUCCCCAGGUGGGGAAGAAUCCAGAGGAAAUGCUCAGAUUAUCACAAUAAACCAGCUUUCAUGGCAGAAGAAAUAAGGUUGAUAAUAAAAGUGCAACAGGAAAUCUCUGUAUGCCGUAGUCGCCCCUUGAAAGAGCCUUUCAUGUCGGCCUAGGACUGGGAGUUCAGAAGACUCGCUCCCGCCCUGAGCCAGACUCCCCGCGGCAGCUCCCUCGGGGAAGCCGCUCAGCAGGAAGGAGGGGUGGCUGUCCUCGACCCCGGCUUCCGC